UUUACCCCAUGCAAGUCAUAUGACAUUCAGCUGCGACGGGAAUUUUUCACUGUCGACUGUCUCUGGCUUGCGAGGUCCUCUGUCUAAUCGAACGAAAAGAAAUCGGAAAAUCUGUCCAUUUUACCAGCGUUUGUGAACUUUUUUCUGUUCCAUCGUAAGCUCGACCACUACCGGAAACCAUGUCCGACGUUCAGGAUCUGAUGUCGUCCCUGCCGGACGACAAAAUUGAUAUGAUCGCUGCGACCAGCGUUUUGCAGCAGCAGGCAGGAGAUAUCCGCCAGAACAAGCCAAACUGGUCCUCAUACAAGCAGUCCCAGAUGAUCUCCCAGGAGGACUAUGCCUGCGUGAGCAGUCUGGACAAGGACAAGAAGUCCCAGGCUCAGUACCUGCAGGAGAAUCCAGGUCAAUGCGCCAAGACGUUCCUGAAUCUGCUGUCGCACGUUUCCAAGGACCAGACGAUCCAGUACAUCCUGGUCAUGAUCGAUGAUCUGCUGCAGGAGGACCGUUCCCGGGUACAGCUGUUCCACGACUACGCCAACAAGCGCAAGGAAAGCGUCUGGGCCCCGUUCCUGAAUCUGCUGAACCGCCAGGACGGAUUCAUUGUGAAUAUGGCCUCGCGUGUUGUUGGCAAGUUGGCUUGCUGGGGCCAGGAGCUGAUGCCCAAAUCCGAUCUGCACUUCUAUCUGCAGUGGCUGAAGGAUCAGCUGACCGUUGCGGCUCGAAAGCUUUUGAAAGAAAUCGAAGAUGCGGACAGAAAACGGGCAGAGGAAGCAGCGGCAGCUCAUCACCACGGACAUGGCCAUCAUGCCCAUCAGAACAGCGGUGGUGCCAACGCUAGCGGAAGUGGUGCUGGUGGAGAUGACCAUCAGAAUCAUCACCACCACCAUCACAAUUUUCUGCACCAUUUGCUCCACCAUGAGCACCACAAGCAUAUCGAAGAAAAGUAUCGCGAUAUUUCGAGUGCCAUAGAUGAACCUAGGCAGCAAGUGGAAGGCGAAGAACCUAACGUCUCCCUUACGAACAAUGAAUAUAUCCAAUCGGUGGCCCGUUGCCUGCAGAUGAUGCUUCGCGUUGACGAGUACCGCUUUGCGUUCGUUACAGUUGAUGGAAUCAGCACGUUGAUCAGCAUCCUGUCAUCUCGGGUGAACUUCCAGGUUCAAUACCAGCUGGUGUUCUGCUUGUGGGUGCUCACGUUCAACCCACUGCUGGCGGAGAAGAUGAACAAGUUCAACGUGAUUCCGAUCCUGGCCGACAUCCUGAGCGACAGUGCCAAGGAGAAGGUCACCCGUAUCAUCUUGGCCGUGUUCCGCAACAUGAUCGAAAAACCGGAAGACGCGCAGGUCGCCAAGGAGCACUGCAUUGCCAUGGUCCAGUGCAAGGUCAUGAAGCAGCUGCAGAUUCUGGAGCAGCGCCGUUUCGACGACGAGGACAUCAGUGCCGAUCUGGAGUUCCUCAUCGAGAAGCUGCAGAACUCCGUGCAUGAUCUGAGCUCGUUCGAUGAGUACGCCACGGAGAUCAAGAGCGCCCGCUUGGAGUGGUCGCCGGUGCACAAAUCGGCCAAGUUCUGGCGCGAGAAUGCCCAGCGCUUGAACGAGAAGAACUACGAACUGCUCCGUAUUCUGGUGCAUUUGCUGGAGACUUCCAAGGACCCCCUGGUGCUGUCCGUUGCUAGCUACGACAUCGGAGAAUACGUUCGUCACUACCCGAGAGGAAAGCACGUUAUUGAACAACUGGGUGGAAAACAGUUGGUCAUGCUUCUGCUCGGCCAUGACGACCCGAAUGUUCGCUAUGAGGCCCUGCUUGCCGUCCAGAAGCUGAUGGUGCACAACUGGGAAUACCUCGGCAAACAGCUGGAGAAGGAAAGCGAGAAGACACCCCAAUCCGGGGCCGCUAUCAGUGGAAAGGCUUAGAAAGCUUCCUGCCGCAAUUUCGGAACUCGUUGUUAAAUCUGUUCGUGAGUUUAGUUUUGUUGUUGACAAUUUUAGUUAAAAUCCCUUACCGAUCGAAAUUUAUUGCGCGUAUUCAGCUUGCGUAUGGAAGCAUUACAUUCCCUUUAGCUUCAGUUUUUUUACUCGUUUGUCAUGUUCUGGAAUAUAUGAGAAGGUUCUUUGGAUACGUUGGAGAAGAAAAAGAUUGUAUAUAUCAAAUUGCGUGAAAACUAACACAAUUUCAAUCAACUAUUAUUCGAUUUCUCUGGUAUAAUAUUGAACCAACCAUCAAGAAGAUUGUUUUAGUGCAAAAAAAAAACAGCUUCGGCUGUUUAUAAGAAAUAUGUAUUUAUAAGAAUGAUGUAUUAUUGAUCAAAAUGAUGUUUUAGUGGUAAGCUUUUGUCUGGUGGAAUGUGUAGUUUUAAAGAACAUCCGUAAUGGUAAUAGAAACAGCUUAUUAAAAACUACGCCCAACACCUAGAAACAUAUUACAUAAAAAUAAUCGUGAGCAACAAACUGUAUUGCCGUAAUAAAGUAUCGUUGUACGAUGAAUA